AGCUUUCUGCUCCACUGUUUUGACGUUUAUAGUCUACUUGUGCACGAAUAGAGAAAAAAAGUGGGUGUACACUUUAGUUGUGCUGUGUGGCUCCACAGUGCUUCAGUUCAGAUGAGCUCACCCAGCCGAUGCGCACAUCAUAGGAUCCUACCAAUGUGAAAAGGCACAAGGACAGCAAGCAGCGUCCCUCAGCAGGAGGAGUGAAUGCAUAUGUGCAGCGGCUGCACAAAGUAAGUAGUCGGGAGGCAGAGGAUUGUGGAGCCAUACGUCUCUGGUUGGACAGAUCCAGUUGAUAUAGUCUGGCUGGAUGGAUGUGAACCCACUGUGGUGUUUGCCAGUGUAUCGAGGACUGGACUGGACUCCGAAUUGAACGGAUGAAAACAAGCCUACAUCCCACUUCAAACACUCUGCUGCUCGCUUUUUUCUUUUUCUUUUUUUUCCCUUGUAUAAAAUGCCAGGACUUCGUCCAUCAUACUCUGCACAGUUCAAACCAGGCUGCUCAUUUGGAAGGACGCCAGACCCCCAGCCUUUCAAAUCUGCAAGUUCAGUCCAAUAAAUUGUGACAUUGUCUGUCAGCCUUGGAAUAAGAAAUCGAUACUCAAGAAAAGGGACGCGAUAUUCUUCCGGAAUUUUAACGAUCUAUUUCCCCCACUAUCCUUAUAAAUAUGCGAUUCGGUUGGAUUAGGUUGGUGUGGUCCAGCUUCACGCUUUUUCAGCUGGAGCAGUGCUGAUAGUGACUGAUUAUUGUUGUUGAUUUGUCCAUGCAAGACUCGGGGUGGAAACAUGUCUGGCCACUUCUUUGAGAGGAUCACUGCUAUCAGAGAUGGCAUUUUGGUCCAGCACUUCGGUUUUCACCUCUAAAGUGCCCCGGAAAAUAUUAUUCAUGUUCACCCUCUCCCUCUCUGUCACCUACUUAUUCUAUAGCUUGAUGAGCUGCUACAACUCGCUGCAGUUCCCUCUGCAAGAGAACUACGUGUAUCAAGGGAGGCUGGUGACUGAGGAGACAACUUUUGUGACAUUAAGGGAAAAACUUUAUUACGCUUCGACCCAGGGCUUUCCCGAGGAGGAAUUUACCGAGGCCGCUGCCGCUGAGAAAACCACUGCGAUUUCCACCAUAAAGGAUCAUGCUGAAGCCGAACAAAGGACACUGGAGUGGAUUAGGACUCAGGCGUCUCCAACUAAAUCAGCGUCGGUGUAUCACACUACCGCUCUGGAGAGGGAGCACCAGGAAUUCAGCACCACGGACAGCGAACUCAGGGUGAACUGCACGUCGGAUUAUGGGGAGAAGAAACUUCCCCAAGCCAUCAUCAUCGGGGUGAAAAAAGGAGGAACCAGAGCCCUGCUGGAAGCUCUGAGAGUCCAUCCGGACGUCAGAGCCGUGGGAAAUGAGCCACAUUUCUUCGACAGGAACUAUGAGAAGGGGCUGGACUGGUACAGAGACCUGAUGCCUUCAACGCUGGAGGGACAGAUCACCAUGGAGAAGACACCCAGCUACUUUGUGACUAACCAUGCCCCGAAGCGCAUCCACUCCAUGGCCAGGGACAUCAAGCUUAUUAUCGUGGUGCGUAAUCCUGUCACUAGAGCCAUUUCAGACUAUACGCAGACUUUGUCCAAGAAACCUGAGAUCCCGACCUUUGAGGUGCUGGCUUUUAAGAACCGGACGCUGGGUCUUAUAGAUGCCUCAUGGAGCGCUUUGCGUAUAGGAAUAUAUGCACUCCACUUGGAGAGCUGGAUGCAGUACUUCCCUCUCUCGCAGAUGCACUUUGUCAGCGGAGAGAGGCUUAUUGUUGAUCCUGCCGGCGAGAUGGCCAAAGUGCAGGACUUCCUGGGACUCAAGCGGAUCGUCACGGAUAAACAUUUUUACUUUAAUAAAACAAAAGGAUUUCCUUGUCUGAAGAAGCCGGAGGACAGCAGCGCUCCCAGGUGUCUUGGCAAGUCUAAGGGGAGAACUCAUCCGAAAAUUGACCCUGACGUGAUUCGGCGGCUGCACAAGUUCUACAAACCCUUUAACAUGAUGUUCUACCAAAUGACUGGCCAGAACUUUGAAUGGGAGCUGGAGGAGGGCAGUGAAUAUCAUAGCUCUCAGGACUAGCAGACUGCGGCAUGGCACGGCGCAGCCACACCACCAGCCUUCUCAAUAAAACAACUAUCGCAUUGCUUCAUGUUCAGAAAGAGUGCUUGAGCACGCCAACCAGUCAUGGCUGUCUUUGCAGUGUCUGUAUCCAUAAGCAAGAGUUUACUGACAUGCUUUUUUCUCUCUCUCCCUCAGUACUAAUGUUGUUGAUGAUGGCAGAACAUUAUUGUAUAUAUUAUACAUAAAAUAUAUUUAUAUUUGUGAAAAGGAGAUGAUUUAUUCCUUUUGUUUUUAAAGCACAGAGCUGAUAUAAAAAUCAUAUUGACUAAUGGCAAUGCAUGCGAUAAGUUAAGUGUCCUUACCUCAUGAGCCCUAAGGGUAAACUCUGCCUGUUUCUUCUCCCUUUACUUUCCCUGCAGUUUGUUGCCCUCACGCCCACUCACCAGCAUACAGUACAAAAAGACAUUCUAUUCUAAUGGCUGAGGCCAUGAAGUGCUAUGUAUUAUUUCUUUUAACACUGUCCUGCUGCUGUAGAAAGAAAAAAAAAAGAAGAAAUGAUAGACAUAUAGUACAAUAAUCCUUUGACAUGCACUCAUCUUUAAGUUGUCAGUGUUUGUAUUCUGAGUGAGGACAAUCCUGUUUUGUGUCAAUCUAAGAUUACCAAAGUGUUAAUUUCCUCUAUCGAUAUUUCAGUUAUU